CUACUGGCAACAAAAAUCCAAGAUAAAAUGGCUGAAGGAAGGUGAUGGGAACACUAAAUUUUUCCAUGCCUAUGCUCAGCAGAGGAGGAGAAUGAAUGCUAUAAUUAGAUUGGUUUCUGCCAGAGGUCAGGAAUUUUGUACUCAGAAGGAGAUGGAAGAGCAUACCACUGAGUUCUACUCAGUCUCUUUUCAUCUGAAGAAACACUGGGG